AUGGAGAAGGCAGAUACGGCCGAGGUGCUAGAUGUAUCUCUGUGGCCAACGGCGGCAAAGUUUGUCUCUCGAUGUUGCGAGUUCUUGAAUGAGGUGCAAGACUUGACACCCGGUAAAGCUUUAGAAUUAAGACUCAAUCAAGACUUUGGACCGGGCAAUCAGUACUACGAAGACUUCUGCGCCCACAUCAAACAAGGUCUCGAAGAAGGGUGGGUGGCUCAGACUGAGAUCGACGGACGGAAAUAUCGGCGGGGCAAGAUCGCACUACCUUCGGCGUCAACGAGAUACUUCAGCAUCACAACCGUGUUUAUGGACAGCGAUACUGAGUUUAGGGGACAAUACCACGCUCACCCUUACGGCGAGAUAAAUUGUGUUGUCCAGCUAGAUCCUACGGCUGAACUCAAAGGAAUGCAAGGUUGGCAGGGUGCUGGCUGGACAUCCCCUGGACCUGGAACACAUCACUUUCCCGAAGUCCGUAAAGGGGCCUUGGUGGCACUAUUUUUCCUGCCCGCUGGUCGAAUCUCAUAUAACGCUCAGCCAGGUGCACCACAGCCAUUAUCAGUCUAG